CCACUUCUCCCAUCCCCACCCCUCUCCCAUCCCCACACCCCCAUGGCCCCCCCCCACCCUGCUCAGCCCGUGCCCCCCAAGCCCUAGGCACCCCCACUCGCUCUCCCCCAGCCCCAUAGGGCGCCAUGGGGCCGGCGUGGGUGCUGAGCCUGGCCGGGGUGCUGAGCCUUGCUGGGGCGCUGGCGGGUGACAGUGGGGCGCCGCGAGCGGUGACACCGGCGGCGCUGGACAUGGGGAGCACCGGCAGCAGCGGGGGGGACCCCUUGGGACACGGCCGGGGUCUGGAUUGCAGGGAGGUGAGGAAGCGCAACAGCUCCGAGUGGUGCCGCUUUGUGCGGAGCAACCCCGACUGCCAGCUGGACGGCGGCUUCCUCGACUACCUCGGCGGCGUCUUCUGCGUCUUCCCCGCGGGGCUGCUGCCGCUGGCCAUCGCCCUCUACGCCCUGUGGCUCCUCUACCUCUUCGUCAUCCUCGGCGUGACGGCCGAGAAGUUCUUCUGCCCCAACCUGUCGGCCAUCUCCACCAACCUGAAGCUGUCUCACAACGUGGCAGGUGUCACCUUUCUGGCCUUCGGCAACGGGGCGCCCGACGUCUUCAGCGCCGUGGUGGCCUUCUCUGACCCGCGGACGGCGGGGCUGGCCAUCGGGGCCGUCUUUGGUGCCGGCAUCUUUGUGACCACGGUGGUGGCCGGUGGCAUCGCCCUGGUCAAGCCCUUCACAGCCGCCUCCAGGCCCUUCCUCAGGGACGCCAUUUUCUACAUGGUGGCCGUCUUCCUCACCUUCCUCGUCCUCUACCUGGGCCGCAUCACGCUGGGAGAGGCGCUGGGUUACCUGGGGCUCUACGUCUUCUAUGUCUUCACUGUGGUGCUCUGCACCUGGAUUCACCGCAGGCAGCGUGGGGACGGGCUGGCCCCCCCCGGACCAUGGGAGCCAGAGAUGCCGACGGAUGCUGAGGAGCGGGAGUCCUCGGGCACCAACAGCGGAGACUACGGCGAGGAGUACCGGCCCCUGCUCCCCUACCGCGAGACCUCCCUGCGCAUCCUCGCCACCGCCCUCAGCCCCUUGGACCACCGCAAGUGGAGGAGGAAGCCCUGGUACUGGCGGCUCUUCAAGGUCUUCAAGGUCCCUGUGGAGCUGGUGCUGCUGCUCACCGUUCCCGUGGUGGACCCCGACAAGGACGACCUGAACUGGAAGAGACCCCUCAACUGCCUGCACGUUGUCACCAGCCCCCUGCUCUGCAUCCUCACCCUCAAGUCGGGUGCCUAUGGGCUGUACCAGAUCCAGGGCAUCUUCCCAGUCUGGGGACUGGUCAUGCUGGUUGGCUCCGUCCUGGCCAUCAUCAUCUUCCUCACCACGACCAACGAGGAGCCGCCCAAGUACCACUGCGUAUUUGCCUUCCUCGGCUUCUUGGCCAGCGCCAUGUGGAUCAACGCCGCGGCCACGGAGCUGGUGAACAUCCUGCGGACCCUGGGCAUCGUCUUCCAGCUGAGCAACACGGUGCUGGGCCUGACGCUGCUGGCCUGGGGCAACAGCAUCGGGGACACCUUCUCCGACCUCACCAUGGCACGGCAGGGCUAUCCCCGCAUGGCUUUCUCCGCCUGCUUCGGGGGAAUCAUCUUCAACAUCCUGGUGGGCGUAGGACUGGGCUGCCUGCUGCAGAUGACGAGCAGCCAGCUGGUGGUGAAGCUGGAGCCCGACAGCCUCCUGGUCUGGAUCCUGGCCGGAGCCCUGGGGCUGAGCCUGGUCUUCUCCUUCGUGGCGGUGCCCGUGCAGUGCUUCCAGCUGGGCAAGGCGUACGGCAUCUGCCUCAUCCUCUACUACCUGGCCUUCCUCUGCGUGGCCCUGCUGACCGAGUUCAGGGUGAUCCGCCUGGCCGCUGCCUGACCGGCCCCGCAGUGCCGCUGUCCCUGCCCUCGGCGUCACGCGCCCACUUCGGCCUCGGCUUACUUGUAUGUUUUGAGAAGGGAAAAGGAGGCGUUAGGCAGUAGCCGUGUCCUCGCCCCGCUCUGGUUAACCUCGGUUAACUCUGAACAGGGACGAGGUGAAAGGCUCAGCCACCCCCGGGCGCAAGGGACCGGAGCAGCCGCAAGAGAGGUUGCUCCUGGGCACCCGCUUCCCGUCCCCGUCCCCCUCCCGGGGCUGGAGGACACGCUACGUGGGGAAACUGCAAAGUAAAGGCUUGAGUACAAUUUUGGGACUGUCAUUGCAGAGGGCAGCGAGUAUUUGUAACAUGGAGGGGGGGGAGAACAGAAGAGGGGUUGAGGUGAGGCGAGGCAGCAGGGCAGAGUGCAAGCAAAGCUGGAAAACAGCCCACAGGAGGCUGGUUUCUCCUCUUUUUUUUUUUUUUUAAGCAAUGUUUUUCAACCUGCCUUUAGGAAUACUUCUGCUCCUGAGAGCGCAGACAGAGCUGUAGCAAAGGACUUGGUGCAGAGGUUUCCACGCACACUGUUAGCCUCUGGCAAAGCUAGGUUUAGACACUGUAAGAGGAAAAAAAAAAAAUUAAUUGCAAUUAAAAACCACACAACCUCAAAUCGUGGUGCUUGCUGCAAGGGUGCUGGGUGCGCUUCGGGGCUGGGCUGCUCGGGGCAAGCAGGGGGCCCUGAGCACAGCUCGGGGUGCAGCUUCCUCCAGUGCACCCGCGGUGGAUUUCCCAACGGCGGUCACAUGCAGCUGCUUGUGCUGCGAGUGCCUGCUCGUGACAGAGCUGCAGGCACGGGGCAGCCGCCGCUGGCUCUUACGCAGCCCCGGGGAGGCAGCGAAAGGCAGCACGUGGGACAGCGGUUCCGUGUCCCCGGCCGUUAGGGAUAACCCCACUUCUGCUCUGCGGGGAGGCAGGGGCUGUUGUGCAAGCAGCACGAGCAGCAGCCCGGGGUUCGGGCAGCUUUCAGGCUCCCCGAGCCCGCUGCUCUUCCCUUCCGGGCUGAGCUCGUUUCUCCUUUUUCUGGCUGGAUAAGUGCUUUCACAAAAGUUACGGCUCCCUGUGCCUGCAGCUCUCGGCUCUGCCCUGAGUCUUGCAGCAGCCACCCCCGCUUUCCGGCCCAAACGACUGAGAUGGGAGCCAGCAGACACGGAGGGAGAGGAGCGAUGGUUUCAGGAGCCUGCAGCUCCUUCUGGCCUCAGCUUUUGCAUUAAAAACAAAGCAAAACAAGAGCAUGAAAGCAUUAUUGUAACAGAGAAGGGAAAAACUGGCAAUGGGAGGGCAGAGAGCUGGGCUCUGAGAGCAGUGUCCAAGAACAAGAAUUCAUGGCAGACCUGCAGGGCACAGAUAUUAAAUACGCUCAUGCAAGCAGCUGCCAGUGGAGAG